AUGAGUACCAUGCGCAACGCCGUCCAACGGCGCCAGCACCGCGAGCGAGGCCAACUCGCCGGCCGCGAGAAAUGGGGAAUUCUUGAAAAGCACAAGGACUACUCCCUCCGCGCAAAAGACUACAACACCAAAAAAGCCCAAAUCAAGCGCCUCCAAGAGAAAGCCCACGACCGCAACCCCGAUGAAUUCGCCUUCGGCAUGGUCUCCUCCCGCCAGGGGAAACACGGCGGGGGUGUCGGCGGUCGCGAUUCAGCGGCCGCGAGGGGCCUCAGCCAUGAUGCGAUCAAGCUUUAUAAGACGCAGGAUGCGGGGUACUUGCGGACUGUCGGGGAGAGGGUAAGGAGGCAGAUGGAGAGGCUGGAGGAGGAGGUGCGGCUGCAGGGGUCGUUUGGGGAGAAACUGGGGGAGGAGGAUAGUGAGGAGGAGGCGGGGGAUGAUGAGUCGGAUUUUGAUGAUUUUGAUCUGGAUGAUGCGCCGGCCUCCAAGAAGAAGCGGAGUUUGCAGCAGCAGAAGAAGGUGGUGUAUGCGGAUGAUCGGAAAGAACAAAAGACUUUGCGCAAGAAGCGCUUACGGGAUGGGGACGCGUCGGGUGAGGAUGAGGACGAGACGAUGGGCGAGGAGGCUCCGAAGAAGAAGUCGCAGAAGCAGCUCCUGGCCGAGCGUCAGGCGCUGGUCGACAAGCGACGUGCGCGCAAGCUCAAGAAGCGCGCUGCGGAAGCCCGCCAGACCAAGCUGGCUGGCUUGCGCAAGCAGUACGCGGAUAUCACGGCCGCCGAGCGUGAGCUGGACUGGCAGCGUGGACGCAUGGAUAACAUCGUCGGCGGCACGAACAAGAACGGCAUUAAGUGGAAGAUCCGCGAGCGGAAGAAGUGA